GUCCUGCCAAACGGGGAAACUCCCAAUCUCAUCCACGAGCACGGCGCAGGAGUCAGUCCCAUGGCGCGCGCACCUGGGCUCCAUAAGAAGCGUGCUGGAGCUCUCCACUACGAGGUAACGACACGAGCUGCUCCUGAAUACGGAGGCAGGCAGCCGAAUUGCAACUGGGAACGACCAGGAAAUAAAGAUCCUGCUCGAUUACUGGCAUCCCAUUGUUCUUGGACGUACGUUCCACAAUCAUGUUGUACCAACGAUGGGGGAACAAUUAAACGCCUGGGGAAACGCACCUGA